UGUUUGGCCUGUCAGUAAGUUCAAAAUUGUCGGAAAAAAGGGCCAAACCCGAAAAAGAUGUGCCCCAUUUAAUCGUUAUGGAAACGCCAGAAACCACUUCAUCAUCAGAUCUCAGCCAGAUUUCGCUGCAAUCUCUGGAGGUCGAAGGCGCUGGGAAAACUGAAACCAAAACGGAAAGCGAUGCCGAAAUCGAGCCAUGUGACUGGCAGUCGCUUUUCCACUCGAUCCAGCCAAACAUUCGCAAGAGGUCCGAUCUGUUGAUGGCCCUAGCCCACUUUCUAAUCACCAAGGAGUACCGGCUGCGGAGCAUCAAGAAUGCUUCUGAUUUUGGUGCCGGGGGGAGUACCAUUACCAGUACCAGUACCAAUACCAGUGAAUUGCUGCCCAAAAACUGGAAUCGGGAUGCCCACAGAUACGCCAUGCACUACAUCGAUGAGCUGGGCAAUCAAUAUGUUCUCUUGGCCAAACUGAGCCGCAAGGAUCUGGUGAUCAGCCUGCAAAACUCGACCAGCAAACGAAUGUCCAUCGCCUGUUUGCAGCCCGAGAAUCUCGUGAAAUCCACAAGUAAAUCCUAUUUGGCGAAGUGCAUACCGAAGGCGGAGAAGAUGAUAAAUCGUCUGCGAUUCGAUCUUGUGGAUCCGGUAGUUCGGGGCACGAAAAGAACGGCCGAUGGACCGUUUUUCGCUCAGGAAAUGAUCAAAAGGAAGAAGCUUCUCCUCCAGAAUUCACAGCCCUCCAGAGUGACCUUCAACCUCAGCGAAAAACACCCAUGCACCCGCGGGCAGUGACAAUUCCACUCAAAAGUGGUCCUUUCCUAUUCGAAUAUAGAUCUCGCAUUGGAGA